UCUUAGCAUUUAGGUAGUUUCCACGGGCUAACUCGGCGUGGAGUUCUCCAGAGCAUAGAAUCAUCCCUUUACGUAUCAAUAGAAGAUGCUGAUUAAAUUCAGGCCCCUGCUGAACAAUGCAGUUCUGAGGAAUGGUUACGACUUCAUCGUGCGUAAUUUUCGGUGUGGGCAGCCACUGCAAAAUAAAGUGCAACUGAAGGGGCGUGACCUUCUCACUUUAAAGGAUUUUACAGGAGAAGAAAUUAAGUACAUGCUGUGGCUGUCAGCAGAUCUGAAAUUCAGGAUAAAACAGAAAGGCGAGUAUUUACCUUUAAUGCAAGGGAAGUCUUUAGGCAUGAUUUUUGAAAAAAGAAGUACUCGAACAAGGUUGUCCACAGAAACAGGCUUUGCACUUCUGGGAGGACACCCUUGUUUUCUUACCACACAAGAUAUUCAUUUGGGUGUAAAUGAAAAUCUCACCGACACAGCCCGAGUAUUAUCUAGCAUGACAGAUGCAGUGCUGGCUCGAGUGUACAAACAGUCGGACCUGGACACCCUGGCUCAAGAAGCUUCCAUCCCAAUCAUCAAUGGGCUCUCGGACUUGUACCAUCCGAUUCAGAUCCUGGCUGAUUACCUCACACUCCAGGAACACUAUGGCUCUCUAAAAGGACUCACUCUCAGUUGGAUUGGGGAUGGGAACAACAUCCUGCACUCCAUCAUGAUGAGUGCAGCAAAAUUUGGGAUGCAUCUUCAGGCAGCUACUCCAAAGGGUUAUGAGCCAGAUCCCAGUAUAACAAAGUUGGCAGAGCAGUAUGCCAAGGAGAAUGGUACCAAGCUGUCAUUGACAAACGAUCCAUUGGAAGCAGCGCGUGGAGGCAAUGUAUUAAUUACAGACACUUGGAUCAGCAUGGGACAAGAAGAGGAGAAGCAAAAGCGCCUUCAGGAUUUCCAAGGUUACCAAAUUACAAUGAAGACUGCUAAAGUUGCUGCCCCAGACUGGACAUUUUUACACUGCUUGCCUAGAAAGCCAGAAGAAGUGGAUGAUGAGGUGUUUUAUUCUCAGCAAUCACUGGUGUUCCCAGAGGCCGAAAACAGAAAGUGGACCAUCAUGGCUGUCAUGGUGUCCCUCCUGACAGAUUACUCACCUCAGCUCCAGAAACUGAAAUUCUGAUGCCAUGGUGCUUGUCAAGAGAGAAGCAAUGUUCUUCAGUUCUACAAUCAGUCGCUUUCUAGAGGAGGAAGAGAAUGGUGGAAGAAGAGAAUCUAACAAAUAAAUUCCCAAUACAAUACAUAUCAUGGGUGAAUUGCAUGACCUCGCUUUGCUAUUAUAAAAUUGUGCUGCCGUCCUUAAACAAAGUAGUGUUGAUGCACUGUAAUAUGUAAUUUGAUGUGGUUCAAACUCUCUAAUUUACAAUUUCCUAGCCGUAUCUGAAUAUUGUAUUAGUAAUUAUGCACAUUUGCUUCAGCCAAACAUAAAAUACUGUAUUCAUAAUACAUAAUGUCUAAGCCAUUAAAAGUAAUCUAUGCUCAUUACCUUAAUAAAUUAUCACCCAUGCUAA